GCCAGGCUGUUUGUUUAGUUUCCCAACUGGGCUGGACCCAGCUGCUAGGACGGCAUGUUGCUCGGCACGUCUCGGGCUUCCAGACCCCAAACGGGCCCUUGGGACACCCAUUGGGAACGUGGUUGUCCUGAAAUAUCGGCCAAGAGGGGCUUCUGUGCCGGCCUCCCGUAGGGCCGGGCCAUGUCCAGGCUUCUGACCGUCACUCUGCCCAUUGUCACCGGCCUUUGCUUCCUCCGUCUCCUCCCUCCUUGAACCCGUGGACCCUUUAGGAAAAUGCAGGUGAACCCCAACUUCCGGAGCCAGCGGAGGUUCACCGUGGCCCAUGCACUUUGCUUUGACAUUGAGAAUGGCUUUUCUCCGGGCCGGAGCCCACUGGAGCCCUUGGCCAGCCCGGGCCAGGGGCUGGUGCUGCAGGGGCCCGCUACUCACGGCCAGCGCCGGGAAUCCUUCCUCUACCGCUCCGACAGCGACUAUGACCUCUCCCCGAAAGCCAUGUCCCGCAAUUCCUCCGUGGCCAGCGAGAUACACGGAGAGGACCUGAUUGUGACCCCCUUUGCACAGGUCCUGGCCAGCCUUCAGACAGUGAGAAGCAACUUUGCCGUCUUGACCCACGUGCAGCAAGAGCGCAGCGGCAACAAGAGAGCCUCCGGCCCGCCCACACCCAAAGUCAACCUUCCCGAAGAUGCUGUCCAGAAAUUGGCCAUGGAGACGUUGGAGGAGCUGGACUGGUGCCUGGACCAGCUGGAGACGCUGCAGACCCGCCACUCGGUCAGCGAGAUGGCCUCCAACAAGUUCAAAAGGAUGCUCAACCGAGAGCUGACGCAUCUCUCCGAGACCAGCCGUUCAGGAAACCAAGUGUCCGAAUACAUCUCCAGCACUUUUUUGGACAAGCAGCAUGAAGUGGACAUCCCGACUUCGGUCCCCAAGGAGAAAGCCAAGGAGAGGAAGAGGCGGCCCAUGUCCCAGAUCAGCGGCGUGAAGAAGCUCCUGCACAGCUCCAGCCUCAGCUGCACGGCCGUCCCUCGCUUUGGGGUCCGGACGGAGCAGGAGGGACUGCUGGCCAAGGAACUCGAGGACGUGAACCGGUGGGGCCUGGAUAUCUUCAGGAUCUCGGAAUACUCUGGCCACCGGCCCCUGACGGUCAUCAUGUACAGCAUCUUCCAGGAGCGGGACCUGCUGAAGUCCUUCCAGAUUCCGGUGGACGUCUUCAUCACCUUCAUGAUGACGCUGGAGGACCACUACCACCCGGACGUGGCCUACCACAACAACAUCCACGCGGCCGACGUGGCCCAGUCCACGCACGUCCUGCUCUCCAUGCCUGCUCUGGAGGCCGUCUUCACGGACCUGGAGAUCCUGGCGGCCAUCUUUGCUGCCGCCAUCCACGACGUCGACCACCCAGGCGUCUCCAAUCAAUUCCUGAUUAAUACCAACUCUGAGUUGGCUCUGAUGUAUAACGACGCCUCGGUGCUGGAAAACCACCAUCUGGCCGUGGGAUUCAAGCUCUUGCAAGAAGAAAACUGCGACAUCUUCCAGAACCUCUCCAAGAAGCAGCGGCAAAUGCUCCGGAAGAUGGUCAUCGACAUGGUCCUGGCAACAGAUAUGUCCAAACACAUGAAUAUCCUGGCUGACAUGAAGACGAUGGUGGAGACCAAGAAGGUGACCAGCUCGGGGGUGCUGCUUUUGGACAACUACUCCGACCGCAUCCAGGUCUUGCAGAACGUGGUGCAUUGCGCUGACCUCAGCAACCCCACCAAGCCGCUGGAGCUGUACCGGCAGUGGACGGAGCGCAUCAUGGUGGAAUUCUUCUACCAGGGAGACCACGAGCGGGAGAAGGGCAUGGAGAUCAGCCCCAUGUGUGACAAACACAACGCCUCCGUAGAGAAGUCCCAGGUGGGCUUCAUCGACUACAUCGUCCACCCGUUGUGGGAGACCUGGGCCGACCUGGUCCACCCGGACGCCCAGGAGAUCCUGGACACGCUGGAGGACAACCGGGAGUGGUACCAGAGCAUGAUCCCGCAGAGCCCGCCGCCACCACAGACGCCGUAUUCCGCAGACACAGCAGAGAAGUUCAGGUUCACUUUGGAGGAGGAGGAGGACAGCGACGCGGAGGAGACCGCGGAGGAGGAGACCAAGGAAGAGACCGCGGAGGAGGAGACCGCGGAGGAGGAGACCGCGGAGGAGGAGACCGCAGAGGAGGAGACCGCGGAGGAGGAGACCGAGGAGGAGAGCGGCAACUCCAAGGCCACGGAGGGCUCCGCAUGGCCAAACGAUCCUUCGGAGAAUGUCCUGGUCAAGCAGGAGGAGGCCCUGGAUGCUGAUGAGCCAAGGACGGCCAUGCCAAAGGAACCUGAGCAAGAAGGCCACCCCACUUUUGGGGCGCUGGGGACGUAGUCAGCCGACGGCACCCCAAAAGGUCUUGCUCAGCUUUGCGGGCCUCUCCUUCCUUUAAAGCAGAGCUUUCCAAACCGUGUGUCGGGAUACGCCACAUGCUGUGUCACAUGGGAAGGGAAGCCAAAGGGCAUCUAGUCCUACCCCCUUCCGACAGGCAGGAAUGAGCACCACCAAAGCCCUCCCAACAGACCGGCAUCCAGCCUCAGAUCAAAACCCUACAGAGAAGGAAGGAGAGCCCCAAAGGGCAUCUAGUUCAACCCCCUUCCAACAGGCAGCAAGGCACCAUCAGAGCCCUCCCAACAGAUAGCCGUGCAGCCUCAGAUCAAAACCCUACAGAGAAGGAAGGAGACUCCACUGGAAGGGAUUCCCAAAGGGCAUCGAGUCCAACCUCUUUCAGCCAGGUAGGAAUGCGCACAACCAAAGCUGUCCCAACAGAUAGCCAUCCAGCCUUUUUCCAGAAACCUCCAAAGGAAGGAGAAUCAACUGGAAGGGCAUCUAGUCCAACCCCCUUCAGACAGGCCGGAAUGUACACAACCAAAGCCUUCCCAAGAGACAGCCAUCCAGCCUCAAUUCAGAAACCUCCAGAGAAAGAGACUCCACUAGACUUCUAGGCAUUCUAUCCUUCACUAGCGUUGGAAGGGACCCCCAGAGGGUAUCUAGUCCAACCUCCCUCCACCAUGCAGUUAUGUGCACAACCAAAGCCCUCCCGAGAGACGGCCAUCCAGCCUCACUUCAGAAUCUCCAGAGAAGGAAGGGGAAUCCACUGGAAGAGAACCCCAAAGGGCAUCUAGUCCAACCCCCUUCAGACAGGCCGGAAUGUACACAACCAAAGCCUUCCCAAGAGGCAGCCAUCCAGCCUCAGUUCAGAAACCUCCAGAGAAAGAGACUCCACUUGACUCCUAGACAUUAGAUCCUUUGCUAGAGUUGGAAGGGACCCCCAGAGGGUAUCUAGUCCAACCUCCCUCCACCAGGCAGGAAUUAAAGCUCUCCCAAUAGAGAGCUGUCCAGCCUCAGAGCAAAAGUCUACAGAAUUAGGAGAUUCCACUGGAAGGAAACCCCAAAGGGCAUCUAGUUUAAUCCUGUUCGGACAGGCAGGAACACAGUCAAAGCCCUCCCAACAGAUGGCUAUCCAUAUGUGACAGAGUGCUUUAAAUCCCUACAGAAGUGGAGAGUUGGUGCGUGCUUAAGUGUAGCUACUGUUCUAAUUUUUUUCAUAAUUAGCACAAUUUAUUGCUCGAGUUGCAGUCAUUACCACUGAAAUAGAGUCGUUUCUAAUUCAGAAAAAUUUGUUGACAACUAUAUUUGUGACGAACCGCACGCGGCGGCUCUAGAGGAAACGCCACAAGAAUCAAAUGUAGUGCAUAAAAAGUGUAAAUAUAUAUAUUUACAUACAUAUACAGUAGAGUCUCACUUAUCCAACUUAAACGGGCCAGCAGAAUAUUGGAUAAGCGAAUAUGUUGGAUAAUGAGGAGGCAUUAAGGAAAAGCCUAUUAAACGUCAAAUUAGGUUAUGAUUUUACAAAUGAAGCACCAAAACAUCAUGUUCGACAACAAAUUUGGCAGAAAAAGUAGUUCAAUGCGCAGAAAUGCUAUGUAGUAUUUACUGUAUUUAUGAAUUUAGCACCAAAAUAUCAUGAUAUAUUGAAAACAAAUGCGUUGGAUAAUCCAGAACGUUGGAUAAGCGAGUGUUGGAUAAGUGAGACUCUACUGUAUAUAUAUCGUAUUGUAUGACAUUCUUAUAAAGGAUUGGUUCAACCACCGGUUUCCUAGUAAAAUUCAAAGGCUGUGUGUCACCAAUGUGAAAAGUUUGGAAAGCUCUGCCCUAAAGAAAUGGAUGGGAUUUCAGCCUGGAAGGGCAACAAGGAGCAGGCCGAGUCCAUGGUGACUUUAUUCCCCCAUUUUUCUUGUGGGAUUUGCUCUGAAUCUUUCAGAGAAAAAGAACUUUUCUCUGUGAAAAUAUCUAACUUUGCAAAGUUUUCUCCCAGCCACGUGUUUCCAUCCUGCACCAUUUCUUUUUGCAAAAAAAAUAAUAAUGUUUAUUUGCCCGAAUUUCCAAAUGUCCAAAGCAUAUCUCAGCGUAUUUAUUUCUGCCAUUCACUUUUUCAAAAAAAAUAUUUAUAUCCCCAAAUGUGAGUCGGCGUGUCUUAUGUCUCGCAAAUGACUACUAAGCCUCACAAACAGGCACAUAGAUACUGUAUUUCAUCGCAUAAUAGUUGCCACUGCAUCAAUAGUCGCAUGCCCCAUUUCUGGUGCGCAUCUUAUGUCUCGCAAAUGACUACUAAGCCUCACAAACAGGCAAAUAAAUACUGUAUUUCAUCGCAUAAUAGUUGCCACUGCAUCAAUAGUCGAACUCCCCAUUUCUGGUGCACAUCUUAUGUCUCGCAAAUGACUACUAAGCCUCACAAACAGGCAAAUAAAUACUGUAUUUCAUCACAUAAUAGUUGCCACUGCAUCAAUAGUCGAACUCCCCAUUUCUGGUGCACAUCUUAUGUCUCGCAAAUGACUACUAAGCCUCACAAACAGGCAAAUAAAUACUGUAUUUCAUCGCAUAAUAGUUGCCACUGCAUCAAUUGUCGAACUCCCCAUUUCUGGUGCACAUCUUAUGUCUCGCAAAUGACUACUAAGCCUCACAAACAGGCAAAUAAAUACUGUAUUUCAUCGCAUAA